AUGAGGUUGAGUAAUUUGGUAUCGACGGCCAUUGCCGGCCUCUCGCUCUAUGCCGAGCAUGUAUCGGCCUCAUCCCCCCAUGGCCGCUUCGGCCAGCGAGCUCGCGACAGCGUGAACCUAGCAAAACGCGCCUCGCACCUGCACAAUGCCACUGCGUCUGGCAAGCAUCCCAAGGAGGACUUUCGGUUCCUGAACAACAACACUGCGCCCUUCCUCGUCGAUCACCUUCCUGACGUGCACUUCGACGUCGGCGAGCUCUACUCCGGCCUGAUUCCCAUCGAGAAGGGCAACAACUCGCGCGCGCUGUUCUUCGCCUUCCAGCCUAAGCUCGGUGAGCCCGUUGAUGAGGUCACGAUCUGGCUCAAUGGUGGUCCCGGGUGUAGUUCGCUUGAGGGAUUCUUCCAGGAGAACGGACGCUUCCUUUGGCAGCCUGGAACCUGGGCGCCCGUCGAGAACCCGUACUCUUGGGUGAAUCUGACGAAUGUGCUCUGGGUCGACCAACCCGUCGGAACCGGAUUCUCGGUCGGAACACCGACUGCCAUCUCGCAGGAAGAGACCGCCGAGGACUUUGUCAAAUUCUUCAAGAACUGGCAGCAGACCUUUGGAAUCAAGAACUUCAAGAUCUUCGUCACGGGCGAGAGUUAUGCCGGAAGAUACGUGCCCUAUAUAUCCGCUGCAAUUCUCGAUCAGAAUGACACCGAGUACUACGACCUUAACGGCGCCCUCGUCUACGACCCCUGCAUCGGCCAACACGACGUCGUGCAAGAACAAAUCCCCGCCGUUCCUUUCGUCCAACAAAACGCCAACCUGUUCAACUUCAACAGCUCCUUCAUGUCCCAGCUCGAAGAGAUGCACCAACAGUGCGGCUACGCCGACUUCAUUGACCAGUACCUCACCUUCCCGGCCUCGGGCAUCCAACCUACAAAGUACUUCAACUACAGCUCGGAAGCCGACCUCGCCUGCGACGUCUUCGACCUCAUCAACAACGAGGCCUUCGCGUCAAACACCUGCUUCGACAUCUACGAGGUCAACCUCAUGUGCCCCCUACAAUGGGAUGUCCUCGCCUUCCCAACCGAACUAACCUACCAGCCCCACGGCGCACCAACAGUGUACUUCGACCGCCCCGACGUAAAACGCGCAAUGCACGCCCCCUCCGACAUAACAUGGUCCAUCUGCAGCAACCAAGCCGUCUUCGUCGGCGGCGACGCAGGCCCCGAAUCCGAGGGCGAUAUCUCCGCAAACCCCAUCGAGGCCGUCCUGCCGCAGGUCAUCGAAGCCACGAACCGCGUCCUGAUCGGCAACGGCGACUUCGACAUGAUCAUCAUCACGAACGGCACCCUCCUCUCCAUCCAGAAUAUGACCUGGAAUGGACAACUGGGGUUCAGCGAGCGGCCCUCCGAGCCCAUUUAUUUGGGCGCCGAACUCCCGGAUCUCGAGUGGGCGGAGGUCCGUGUGUCCAAUGGGCUCGAUGUCGAUCAGCCGCAGGGCACGAUGGGCGUUCAGCAUUUUGAGCGUGGGCUUAUGUGGGCGGAGACGUACCAGAGCGGGCAUAUGACGCCCGAGUAUCAGCCAAGAGUUGCGUAUCGGCAUUUGGAGUGGUUGUUGGGGAGGGUGGAGAAGUUGUGA